AUGACUGAUCAGACCAGCACUGCGUCGGGUCCAACCCGAAUCUCUAUUCUUGGAUCCGACUCUAUCAUUAUCGACCACGACAUCUGGCGAUCGUUCGUUUCUGAUGACCUUCUCGAGAAUAUCAAAUCAUCUACCUAUAUUCUUAUUACCGAUACUAAUCUUCAUGAUCGUUAUGUUCCUCCUUUCGUGGACAUCUUCAAUAAGGCCGUCGAGACCCGAGGCCUACAGUCUCGACUUCUUACCUAUACAAUUCCCCCGGGCGAGACUUCUAAAAGUCGUGAGACUAAGGCUGAAAUAGAGGAUUGGAUGCUCUCCGAACAAUGCACGAGGGAUACGGUCAUCAUUGCUCUAGGUGGUGGUGUUAUUGGUGACAUGAUCGGUUACGUUGCCGCCACUUUCAUGCGCGGUGUUCGCUUUGUCCAGGUUCCUACUACUCUGCUUGCAAUGGUCGACUCGUCUAUUGGUGGCAAGACUGCUAUCGACACCCCUAUGGGCAAAAACCUUAUUGGAUCGUUCUGGCAGCCUCAGCGCAUCUACAUUGAUCUCGCAUUCCUCGAAACCCUCCCGGUGCGCGAGUUCAUCAACGGCAUGGCCGAGGUGAUUAAGACAGCCGCUAUAUGGAACGAGUCUGAAUUUACGGCCUUGGAAGAAAAUGCUGCCUUAAUAUUGAGCACUAUUCGAUCUAAGACCGCCGACCCUAGUGAUAGGUUACUUCCGAUUCGAGCCAUACUUAAGCGCAUCGUUCUCGCCUCUGCUCGCGUCAAGGCCGAAGUUGUCUCCAAGGAUGAAAAGGAGGGCGGCCUACGAAACCUCCUCAAUUUUGGUCACUCCAUUGGUCAUGCGUACGAAGCAAUUCUCACACCCCAGGUCUUACAUGGCGAAGCUGUAGCUAUCGGAAUGGUUAAGGAGGCUGAAUUAGCUCGUUACCUUGGCGUUUUACGACCUGGAGCAGUAGCUCGACUUGUCAAGUGUAUUGCAAGCUACGACUUACCAACCUCUCUCCAUGACAAGCGCAUUGUGAAGUUGACAGCUGGUAAGAAAUGUCCCGUUGACGUGCUACUUGAGAAGAUGGCCGUAGAUAAGAAGAACGAAGGGAAGAAGAAGAAAAUUGUACUUCUAUCUGCCGUAGGUCAAACACAUGAACCCCGAGCUAGCGUAGUCGACGAUAGCGCCAUAAGAGUUGUCCUCUCCCCUGCUAUUCGCGUCAAGCCGGGAGUCCCUAAAGGACUCAACGUGCAGGUAACCCCUCCCGGAUCCAAGAGUAUCUCUAACCGGGCUCUGGUACUUGCUGCACUUGGCCAGGGAACUUGCCGAGUCAAGAAUCUCCUUCACUCGGAUGAUACCGAGUACAUGCUCUCGGCAAUCGCCAAACUUAAUGGGGCGUCCUACUCGUGGGAGGACGCUGGCGAAGUCCUCGUGGUUACAGGACAGGGCGGCCAGCUCCAAGCAAGCGAUGAACCUCUCUAUUUAGGGAAUGCGGGCACGGCUUCUCGUUUCUUGACAACAGUAGUCGCUUUGUGCUCACCUUCAACUGCGACUUCAACUGUCCUAACCGGAAAUGCUAGGAUGAAGGUCAGACCUAUAGGCCCCCUCGUCGAUGCCCUACGAUCAAACGGUAUCAAUAUCAAAUAUCUUGGGCAGGAACACAGUCUCCCAGUACAGGUUGAUGCUGCGGCUGGACUAGAUGGAGGUGUCAUCGAACUAGCUGCUACGAUUUCAUCCCAAUACGUUUCGUCUCUCCUAAUGUGCGCACCAUAUGCCAAGAAGCCCGUGACUCUUCGCUUGGUGGGCGGCAAGCCAAUCUCACAGCUUUAUAUCGAUAUGACUAUCGCCAUGAUGAAGUCGUUUGGUGUUACCGUUAUAAAAUCAGCCGACGAACCGCACACGUACCACAUCCCUCAAGGCGUAUACAAAAACCCGGAUGAAUAUGUCGUAGAAAGUGACGCGAGCUCAGCAACGUACCCCCUCGCGGUUGCAGCUAUAACCGGGACUACCUGUACGAUCCCAAAUAUCGGCGCAAGUUCACUGCAGGGCGACGCCCGUUUCGCAACCGAUGUGCUACGUCCUAUGGGAUGCACUGUGGAACAGACUGCUACGUCAACGACAGUGACUGGGCCGAGCCCAGGAAGUUUGAAGGGUAUUGAAGUCGAUAUGGAGCCUAUGACUGAUGCUUUCUUGACAGCAUCCGUUCUUGCAGCGGUAGCAUCAGGCGAGACGCGGAUCACUGGAAUUGCCAACCAACGCGUCAAAGAAUGUAAUCGCAUCGCAGCAAUGAGGGAACAACUCGCGAAAUUCGGUGUACAUUGCAGUGAGCUUGAGGACGGUAUUGUCAUCGCCGGUAAGAAGCUGACGGAACUUUCAAAGCCGAGCGAGGGUAUUUACUGUUAUGAUGAUCACCGCGUGGCAAUGAGCUUUAGCGUCAUUUCCAUAAUAGCACCGGGACCUGUCCUAAUAUUGGAACGCGAAUGCACCGGAAAGACGUGGCCCGGCUGGUGGGAUGUGUUAGCCCAGUCAUUUGGGGCCGGCCUAGAAGGCGAAGACGUUGUGCCUACAUCUCACAAGAAGGCAAAGCAAGCUGAGACUGGGUCUUCUAUCUUCAUUAUCGGUAUGCGAGGAGCUGGAAAGACUACAACAGGUGGUUGGGUCGCCAGCAUACUCGGGCGCCCUUUUAUUGAUCUUGAUCAUGAAUUGGAACGACGAGCUGGCAUGACAAUCCCUCAGAUUAUACAGGAAAGCGGUCGGGGCUGGGAAGGUUUCAGGAGUGACGAGCUCGAGCUUCUAAAGGAUGUUAUCAAGAACCAAGGCCGGGGCCACGUCUUUUCUUGUGGCGGUGGCAUCGUUGAGACUCCCGAAGCUCGGGAGUUACUCACUUCUUACCAUCGCAACGGCGGUGUGGUUCUCCUUGUUAAUCGUGACGUCGAGCAAAUGGUAGAAUAUUUGACGCGGGAUAAGACACGUCCUGCUUACACCGAAGAGAUACGAGGCGUAUACGAGCGACGCAAACCCUUCUUCCAGGAAUGCAGUAACUACGAAUACCACAGUCCUUACCUUGAUUCCCCCGGAGGUCUCCAAGACAUCCCUGCCGACUUUUCCCGAUUCGUAUUGGCAAUUACUGGGAGAGGUAAUCAUCUUGAGGACGCCAAGAAGAAGCGACAGUCCUUUUUUGUGUCCCUAACUGUGCCCAGCGUAUCGUCAGCGCUGGACGUGAUCCCGCGAGUUGUAGUUGGUGCAGAUGCUGUGGAAUUGCGAGUUGACCUACUUGACGACAUCUCCCCAGAAUCGGUAGGAAAACAGAUCUCACUUCUACGCUCUGCCGCGAAAAUACCGAUCAUAUUCACGGUCCGAUCUAAUUCCCAAGGUGGUCGUUUUAGCUAUACAUCCGAAAAGGAGUUGCUUCCCCUAUACCAAACGGCAGCACGCACGGGAGUAGAAUAUGUCGACCUCGAGAUGACGCUUUCGGACGAAACUCUGGAUACAAUUAUCCAGUCUCUGGGUAAAUCUACACGGAUCAUCGCGUCACACCAUGACCCAGAAGGUAAGUUGUCCUGGAAGAAUGGCGGCUGGCAAACGUGGUACAACCGAGCCUUGCAAUACGGUGACAUCAUCAAGCUUGUAGGUGUCGCGAAGAAAUUGGAAGACAACUUCUCGUUAGCUACCUUUAAGGAUAGGAUGUUUGCUGCGCACGGGAAGCCGAUCAUAGCUCUCAACAUGGGCACCGUUGGGAAGCUCUCCCGGAUAUUGAAUGGCUUCUUAACGCCCGUCUCACAUCCUGACCUACCAUUCAAAGCAGCUCCUGGCCAACUAUCAGCGGCUGAGAUCCGCAACGGUUUAGCUUUGAUCGGAGAGAUUGAGCCUAAGCAAUUCUACCUUAUUGGAAACCCGAUUUCUGCGUCGCGAUCACCGGCUUUGCACAACAGCUUAUUCCGCCAAUCUGGGUUGCCUCAUAACUACUCUCUGUUCGAAACUUCCUCUGCCACAGACGUGAUAAAAAUAAUCAAAUCACCUGAUUUUGGGGGAGCGUCAGUCACGAUUCCGUUAAAGCUUGACAUUAUGUCGCUACUUGAUGAGAUCUCGGAGUCGGCCACUGCCAUUGGUGCUGUGAACACAGUGGUACCUAUACCUUCGCAGGACGGAUCGGAACCACGCUUAUUCGGCGAUAACACAGACUGGCGUGGCAUGGUCUAUUCACUGCGGUCAGCUGGACUGGUGACAGCAACGGAAUCAACGGCAGGCGGCGCAAUGGUAGUAGGGUCUGGUGGUACUAGUCGAGCAGCUAUAUACGCCCUGCACUCCCUCGGAUACAGCCCUAUAUACGUGGUCGCACGAAACCCCAAAGCCGCAGACUAUCUUCGUUCAUCUUCGUCAUUCCGUGACAACAUCAAGAUCGAGCAGGUAGCCGAAGCUAGUCAGGUACACAAGCUACCAAACGUCAUCAUUAGCACGGUGCCCGCGGACAAGCCGAUCGAUAAUUCGAUGUGGGAAUUGUUAACUACCCUAUUGCAACAGACUAAGAAUAUCGAAGGCCCACGAGUCUUAUUAGAGAUGGCUUACAAGCCUCGUCGUACGCCAUUGAUGGAGCUGGCCGAGAACUCGGGAUGGACUACGAUUCCCGGUCUGGAGGUGCUUGCCUCCCAAGGCUAUUACCAGUUCCAACUCUGGACGGGUAUUGUACCCUUGUUCUCGGAUGUACGCGCGGCUGUGCUAGGCGAUGGUGAGAACCAGCCCGCCACUUCCAGCUGA